UGUUUUAUUUUCUCUAGAACAGCGACUCAAUUAAAUGUUUAAUAUCUAUUGUAGACUGUAAAAACAAUAUCAGCGGGAGAGGGGGUUCUUAACGAAGCAGCGCCGUGUUUAAACAGCUCCGCGUCGGCAAGAAUAUUCUCUAAUGGAUUCUCCUGAAAGCCCUACCCAGUCCCCUCAGUCUCCCGAGGAGGAGGAGAAGGGCCUGUCUGACUGUGAGCUGCUGGAUUCUUCUGAUGAAGAGGAGGACAGGGUCAUUUCAGGCAGUGAGAUCAUCCGUGAAGAGGAAAAUGGAGGGCUGGUGGAUGAGGACGAAGAGGAAGAGGUGAUGAUGAGCCGAGGAAGAACUUUGAACUUAGAGGAGGAGAUAGAAGGAGAGGAUGAGGUGGUCCCUGACUUUAUCUCUGAUGAGGAGCCUGGAGGGAUCGGGCAGGAGGAUGAGACCAUUAUGCUGAUGGAGGGGGAUGACGAUGGUCCGCAGGGGGGCCAGUUGGAUGGGGUGGAGGAGAAGGAAGAAGAAGAGGAAGAGGAUAGAGUCAUUGACACCCCACAAUCUCCAGACUCAGAGCCAGAACAGGUCAAGAGCUUCACUGAUGAAGACAAUGGAGAAGAUAGGGAGCAAGGAUACAGUGUCAGUGGCUACAGAAAGGGUGCCUCAGCAGAGCCUGAUCCAGUUGAGGUGGAUGAUGAGGAGGACAAAAGCAAGGCAGAGGAGGAAGAGGAGGAUGAAAGGAUAAGAGUUGAGGAAGCAGAGAGAAGAAGAGCUGCCGUGAAGGAGAUGAAGGACGACUCCGCAUCCGUUUCCCGGGAGCUGGAUGAGCAUGAACUGGAUUAUGAUGAGGAGGUCCCAGAGGAGCCCAGCAUCCCUCCACACGAGGAAGAGGAAGAUGAAGAAGAUGCAGAAGAAGAGGAGAGUGAGGACAAGAGCAUUAAGAAGAAGGAGAAGAAACCAAUCCUCCCUCCAUCUCCCAGAAACAAUGAAUCUAAGAGAACAGACGAUUCCAAAGGGCCCGAGAGGAUGGGCAGAGAUUCCUUCAGAGACAAGAAGAAGGAUGAGGAUGAUGGAGAGAUUGAUGAAGGAGAGAUUGAUGAUGAUGACCUGGAGGAGGGGGAGGUCAAAGAUCCCUCAGACAGGAAGAUCAGACCACGUCCCAUCUGCAGGUUCUUCAUCAAAGGAAAUUGUACUUGGGGUAUGAACUGUAGGUUCAUCCACCCCGGAGUCAAUGACAAAGGUAACUAUUCCCUCAUCAGUAAACCAGACCUCUUCUCACCUAAUGGAGGGCCUCCUGGAGGACCACAUCCACUCAUACCCAAUAAUCCCUGGGCUGCGCCUGCAGUGGAGGAGCUCCCUCCCCCUCCUCCUCCAGUGGAGCCUCCUGUGGAGAGUGCCUGGGAGAGAGGUCUGAGGCAUGCCAAAGAGGUGCUGAAGAAGGCCACCAUCCGUAAGGAGCAGGAGCCGGACUUUGAGGAGAAGCGUUUCAACGUGACCAUUGGAGAGGAUGAGAGAGAAUUUGACAAAGAGAACGACUUUUUCAGAGAACGCAGCUACCGCAUCAUUAGAGAUGAAAUGGACUUCAGAGAUCCAAUCUAUGGUGACCCAUAUAACGAUCCAUACUAUGACUAUGAAAUGGAGGCCCUUUGGCGAGGUGGCCAGUAUGAAAACUUCAGAGUGCAGUACACAGAAGCUCCUCUUCCUUACCACUACAGUGAGCGCGAACGCGACCGCGACCCUCAGGAGCGGCAUCGGGACAGAGAAAGGGAGCGGGAUCACCGUGAGAGGGAGCGCCGGCAGAGAGAGAGGGAGAGGGAAAGAGAGCGGGAACGCGAGAAGGAGCGAAUGCGACGGAAAGAAGAGUGGGAGAGGGACCGGAUGAAGCGGGAUGAGAAGGAGAGGCCGAGGAUGCGUCCGCCUCGAGACGCCAGGGAGAAGAAAGACGAGGACAAACUGAAACCACGCUCUCCCCUCAGCUUGCCACCCAACAGGCCGAUGGAGCCUCCCUCAAAGAAGGAGGUUGUUCCUUUAAUGAGGCGACCAGAUGAGUGGAAGGACCCAUGGCGUCGGUCCAAAUCGCCAAGGAGACGUCCUGGGUUGGGCUCUCCACCACGAGGCCGCCGGAGACAUCGGCCCUCAGGCUCCUCCGUCUCUCUGUCCAAUUCCUCCAGGUCUUCAUCUCGCUCUUCAUCCUACACAGGCUCCGGGUCGUCUCGUUCUCGCAGCCGCUCCUCUUCGUUCAGCUCCUACUCCAGCCACUCCUCCCAGCGCAGCUCCUUCAGUGGCAGCCGCUCCAGGUCUCGGUCAUUCUCCACAUCUCCCUCUUCGAGCCCAACGGCACUGAGGAAUGCAAAGAACAAACCAGAACUUUCUCCUAUGUUAGCUAAAGGAGUACCGCUGAAGCCGGGUGCCAUGCCUCCCCCACGCAGGGACAAGCCUCCCAUGAAGAAAGCUCCCAGUCCUCCUCCACCUGGUGGACCGCAGGGCAGGCCUUCCAAACCCAUGCUAGAGGGAGGGAAGCCUCCCACCAAUCCCCGGGAGGCUGGAGGCGCGGGUGGCGGGGCUAGUGGUAGUGGAGCGGGAAGACCCCCGCCACCACGAGAACCUGGAAAGCCUCCCAACCCGAGGGAGGGAAGGCGGAAAGAACGACAGCAGCAUCCUCCUCGGAGGCGAACUGUGAGUGGGAGUGUCAGUGGAACUGGUAGCAGUUAUACUGGUUCUAGCUCCAGAUCCAGAUCCUCGUCCAACUCCCUCUCACGCUCGCGCUCUGGAUCCAGAAAAUCCAGGAAAUCCAGAUCGCUGAGUGUGAGCAGCGUGUCGUCGGUGUCAUCAGCGUCGUCCAGCAGCAGCUCUGUGCGUAGCGCAGACUCGGAUGACAUGUACGCUGACCUUGCCAGCCCGGUGUCCUCAGCUAGCUCCCGCUCGCCGACACCAAAUCACCCCCGCAAGGAGCGAGGAGCUGUGCGGGACCGGCCUCCACAUGGAAGAGACAAGAACAGGGAGAGACCAUCAAAGAAAGAUGAACCCUUCAGGGAGGAUCGCAGGAAGAUCGACCCAUCAGGUGCCCCACCUAGAGGAGGCAACCCUGUGCCCAGAUCGGGACCUGGUAGCAGGGGUGGCCACCCUGUACAUCCCCCACCUGGUGCCAUGGGCCCCCCUGGAAGCUACGGAGGUUCAGGAUCCCACAAAGACAUCAAACUCACCCUCCUCAACAAGCAGGGAGAUAAAGGCAACAGGAAGAGAUACCUGCCUUCAGACAAAGACAGGCCAGGUUCUCCCGCCAGCAAGAGGAUGGCCAUGUCUCCAGACAGAGGCCGUGAUAAAAGGAUACCUGGCCGACCCCCACUCUCCCCUCGAAUGGAUCGGCCCAGAGGCCAAGGGCCGCGACCCUUGCCCCCCCACGGAGACAGAAAACGUCCUCUGUCACCAGCCCCCAAGUCAUCUGGGAAAGCCCCAACGGCGCCAUCAGGCAAGCCAGCCACCCCCGGCUCUGCUUCAGCGGCCGGUGCAGGCUCCAGCUCAGGGUCAGGCUCCAACAAACCCAGCAACACACUGUCCCGCCGUGAGGAGCUGCUGAAACAGCUGAAGGCUGUGGAAGACGCCAUCGCUCGGAAGCGAGCAAAGAUCCCCGCCAAAUAGAAGGAAGCCCGCUCCUCGCCUGUUUACCUGCCUCCUGAGCUGGGACAACAGUGAGGGUCAUGGGACGGAGCGUUUUUCCCCCUGCUGUCAGUGGAUGUGUAAAAAUGUUGUAUGGUUCAUGCUGCCACAAAAAACAUCUUCUGCUUGUUUGCCUUCAGAGAGGUUUGGCUCUGCUUCAUUCUAGAGCGUCGUUCACUCCCAUAUGCCUGACUUUUGCUCCCCUUAAAAGUCCUUGAAUGUCUGGCUGCAGUUUACCUCAUCAGCGAGAAACAGGAGGGAACACGUGGGUAUUUGGUGAGGGGGGGACGUCUCAGGAAUGGAGUGUACUCUGUGUAGACUUCACGGAAACAGAAGCGUAGUGAGGUGCACUUUGAUCUCUGUUCCUCCAGUGAAAAGGAAGCAUCUUCCUCAUGUGGUGUGAUGAAAAGCAGAUUUAUACACAUUGAUUCUACUACUUCUGUCUGUCUUACUCUGCCCCCCUUUUAUUGUCUUGUUCUCUCACAUCUUUGCUUUAGUUUCCUCUGUGUGGAGUGGUGUGACUGUUGAGUCAGCUCUACAGGGUACUGACGGCCGACAGGGCUUCACAACAUUUCUUUGUAUAAAUCCACAAGUUCUUGAGCAUCCGUAUUCGGCCCCUGUAAGCAAUCAUGAGCCCAUGCUUUGUUCACAGUGGGCCCCUCUUUAACCAAUGACUCAUCUGCAUUCUGUGUUUUAGGGCAGUGUUCACUGUCUCACCUUGUACAAUAAUAGCCAGUCAUCACAUUCUUUUAACCGUAUGAUUAUAGACAAUAGUGAUGUGAAAUAUUGCUUCUUCUUUUUUUUCUUUUUUUUUUUUAAAUCUGCAGCAUUUUGUUUUUCUUCUUAGCUCUUCUCAAGUGAUAAACCAAUGUUUUAUUUGUGUCACAUUUUUAGUUGGAGGAGUAUGAGAGGUGGAACGGGGACAUUUAGAGACAAGAUAUGUCUUGCUUUUGUGACAACAGCCUUCUAAAUAAACUAUUUUGAUAA